AACUCAUUUCGAACCAAAGAAGGAAAGGCAAACGAAAGGAGCAAAAAGCUAAACAGUUUUUGGUUUAAAUAAAUUCUCUUUUCCCUGCUUGCUGAUUGCAUUGCUCUACCAGAAGAAGGAAUCUACAGUUACUUCUGGGCUAAUUCACUAGAACACUAUAUUUUAGCGUGGAUCAUUGGUCGGAUAUUGAAUAUCUCUCUCUACAGAAGCAAAAAAUCAAGUUUGGGUGUAAAACAUUGAUGGCUUACAAGAAUAACAUUGGAGGAAUGAAGGAUUUUGCCAUUCCGGAUUACAUACUCGUCCCCGGAGCAAAGAUUCACAAUGAUUAUUACAUACCAGAAUGCCCUUUGAUAGUUUUCAUAAACUCCAAAAGUGGUGGUCAGCUUGGUGGCGAGCUUCUUACUACCUAUAAUUCCCUCCUCAACAAAAAUCAGGUUUUUGAUUUGGGAUCAAAUGCUCCCGAUAUGGUGCUGCAUCGGAUUUAUUCCAAGUUAGAAAAGUUAAAGCACAAUGGAGAUACUUUUGCUGCUGAAAUUCAAGAAAGAUUGAGAAUAAUUGUUGCAGGUGGAGAUGGUACGGCGAGCUGGAUUAUCGGAGUUGUCGCCGAUCUUAAGUUGCAUCGGCCACCACCAGUUGCAACAGUGCCAUUGGGAACCGGAAACAAUAUCCCCUUUUCAUUUGGAUGGGGAAGGAAAAAUCCUGGUACUGACAAAGAAGCUGUUAUGUCAUUCCUGAAUCAAGUAAAAGAUGCAAAGGAACUGAAAAUAGACAGCUGGCAUGUUAUAAUGAGAAUGAAGACUCCAAAAGAAGGUUCUUGCGAGCAUAUUGCGCCUGUUGAGCUGCCGCAUGCUAUGCAUCCAUGUCAUCCUGUCUCUCCAACAGAUAAACUAAACUUGGAGGGUUAUCACACUUACCGUGGGGGAUUUUGGAAUUAUUUUAGCAUUGGAAUGGAUGCUCAAGUAUCAUAUAAAUUUCAUUCUGAAAGGAAGUUGCAUCCUGAAAGGUUCAAACAUCAGUUAUAUAAUCAGAGUUGCUAUUUGAGGCUUGGUUGUACACAAGGAUGGUUCUUCGCUCCUCUGAAAUCUUCGGCGUGGAAAAUUGCUCAGCUGGCAACGGUUAAGAUAAUGAAAAAGCAUGGUCAGUGGGAAGAUCUAAAUAUACCACAAAGCACAAGGUCAAUAGUUUGCCUCAACUUGCCCAGUUUUGCUGGUGGACUAAAUCCUUGGGGGACACCAAACAGAAAGAAAUCAAUUAACAGGGACCUUACUAAUCCUUAUGUGGAUGAUGGCUUAUUUGAGGUGGUUGGUUUUAGAGACGCAUGGCAUGGUCUUCUUUUGCUUGCACCAAAGGGGCAUGGGACUCGUUUGGCACAGACGAGUAGAAUCCGUUUCGAGUUUCAUAAGGGUGAAGCUGACUUCACAUUCAUGAGGAUUGAUGGAGAGCCAUGGAAACAACCCAUCCCUAAAGAUGAUGAUGGCAGAGUAGUUGUUGAAAUAUCUCACCAUGGACAAGUGACGAUGCUUGCCACCUCAUCAUGCCAAUGUAAAAGUAUGCAUGAUCCCUCCUCCUCCUCCACACCCGCUACAAGCCAAGGAGAAGAAGAAUUUAGCACCACCGAUGACUCUUCAUCAGAAAACUCCGAACAGCGACGCAAGUUUGGUGCAGCUGACACAUUUAAAUAUACCGAUGCCAUUCAAUCGCUUAAGUUAGAUUAGUCUUGCUAUACUCACCGCAAUUUAACAUCUAAGCAUGGUUUUCAACUUUUUUGGGGUCACCAAUUAUUUUUUGGUUUAAACUACCAAUUUUAAUUUUUCAAGUAGAAAAUGAAGUAGAGGGAGGAGAGAAAAGGGUCGAUGUACAGAAGUUGAUUUAAUUAGGAUAUAAAUGGAAUUUUUGCUAGUUAUAUAAAGGACCAUAAGACUAGGAGUAAAAUUUUAUA